AUGGCCUUUGAAGAAAAGACCUCGGCCACUUUUCUGAGAAAGCACUUCGGCCGCUGGGAAUUCUCUGCCGCUAGGAAUUCUUCGCCAGCUAAGAAUUCUCGCCCACUAGGAAUUCUUCGCCCACUAGGAAUUGCGCAACUAGGAAUUCUCGGCCACCUAGAUAUUCUUUGGCCGCUAGGAAUUCUUCACAUUAAAUCCGGCCACUUGCUAGACCCAUUCUUUCAGCCAUGCAGCCUUACCCAAUCUCCUAGCCAUGUAGCCCGACCGCAUAUUAGCAAUUCAAUACCUAGCUGCUUAUUCUCCAAAUCUCGAGCCAUUCCGGCUGCAAUAGACUAUAGCCCGGCCGCUCGUGUUUUUGAAAGGUGCCCGAGUUUGGUGAAUUUUCACCACCCCCAAAUAGUUUUAAAGUUGGAUGCUCUCUUCUACUAA